AUGGAGGCGAAAGGAACGCAGUCGAACAGGCGUAUCGAAUUUGACGGAAAAUACCACAAACGAAUGGAUCGAGACAGAAAGCAGGUGAAAAAAAACGAACGAAACGGAAGGGAGGCUAAAGCUAUGGAACCUAUCGGAUGGGAUGCGAACGAACGGACCCUGAUGGCAAAGUCCCGGAACAAACGGAACGUGACGGUGAGGAGCAGAAGCGAAAGGAAGGGUAGGAUUACGAAAGUGACGGAGCGUAGCGGAAGACAUGCUGAAAGGAACGGAGUAAAAAAGAGGCGGCUCGAAUUUGACGCAAAAUGCCAGAAACCAUUUGACCGAGACGGAAAGCAGCCGAAAGAAGGCGAAAGAAACGAAAGGUAG